AAUCAGACAAGUUACCACGGCGACCGGAGGUUCAGUUUGAAAGUGGCCGUUAAUGAACCUCACCCUCAAUAGGACGGAUAAAGCGCGUUUAGACCGUGUGACAACCGAAGGAGUAGUUAGAGGACCGAAAACAAACUUUUUCUUAUCUUUGUAAUUAGCCGGUCUGCCUCAAACUUGCUCUUGGGAGGUGUCAUUGACGGCUGGAAGUUUAAUUCUUUUUCCUAAGAGAUUCGACAGUCAUGUCCGCGCGUUUAGACGUAGUUAGCCGCGUCGAGUGCUGAUGUGCUUGCGAGCUAGCCAGCAAGUCGGACAGCAGUGAGUUAAAGCGCGGUUAUCCGCGGUCGGUUAUUGGACCGGCUGGCAUAAACCAUCGUAGGCAGCCAGCGAGAGCAGACGGAGGACCGCGAUGAUCCCCGAAUGUCCACGGAGCGCUGAGAGCCGAAGCCGAACGAGGUGCUAUGGGCAGGUCGUGGAAGCGAACCAGAGCCGCAGCGGCUUGCUGUCGGACAUCAGGACUCCCAUCAAGACCGAUGCCUUCCACGACCACUACAGCCUUAUCCCCGGUCGAGAGCUGGGCAGGGGGAAGUUUGCUGUUGUGAAGAAGUAUGUGGAAAAAUGCACAGGAAAGGUGUAUGCCGCCAAGUUCAUGAGAAAGAGGAGGAAGGGCCAGGACUGCAGGCUAGAGAUCAUCCAUGAGAUCGCCGUCCUGGAGUUGGCCACUUCCUGCCCAUGGGUUGUGGAUCUACACGAGGUUUACGAGACGGCCAGUGAGAUGAUCCUGGUGCUGGAGUUUGCUGCCGGGGGAGAAAUAUUUAACCAGUGCGUUGCCGAGCGGGAUGAAGCCUUCAAGCCGGAGGACGUGAGGAGGCUGAUGAGGCAGAUUUUGGAGGGUAUCGCCUACCUUCACAAGAACAGUGUGGUGCACUUGGACCUCAAGCCCCAGAAUAUCCUUCUGACCAGCGAUUCUCCCAUUGGAGACAUAAAGAUAGUGGAUUUUGGGCUGUCACGCAUGGUGAGCAGCAACCAGGAGCUGCGGGAAAUCAUGGGCACCCCAGAGUACGUGGCUCCAGAGAUUCUAAAUUAUGAGCCAAUAAGCACAGCAACAGACAUGUGGAGUAUCGGCGUGCUGGCUUACGUGAUGCUGACAGGAACCUCUCCCUUCCUUGGUGACGACAAGCAGGAGACCUUUCUCAACAUCUCUCAGAUCAACAUCAGCUAUUCGACAGAGGAGCUACAGGGCAUUGAGCAACCUGCAGUUGACUUCAUGAAGUCCCUGCUCAUCAAAGAGCCGCAGCAGCGCGCCACUGCAGAGGAGUGCCUUCAACACCCCUGGCUCCAGCCGCCCCCUCCCCCAAAGGAGGCAGAAGGGGCAGGUGACACUGCAUCUGGGCAGGCCUGCCCCGUGCCACUCACCAUCAGUGAGUCAGGCGAAGGCCAGGAGGGCCCCGUGUCAGAGGAGCUCAUCGUCAUGGCCGCCUAUACGCUGGGACAGUGCCGGCAGUCGGAGAAAGAGAGCAUAACCCCCGACCCCAAGGCGGUCUCCAAGCGCUUCAAGUUUGAGGAGCCCUUUGGGACCCUGCAGGAGGUGCCCGGGGAGUUCAUCUUCUGAAGGGUCCUUUCGACCCACCUUGCCGUCCAGACUGAAGCCAAACCACCUUUUUCUUCAUUUUUUUAUUUGUGCUGCUUUAAUUCUGCUGGAUAAGUCAGAGCUGAGCCACGUGGGGCAGUGACGUCGUUUCUUCCAUUGGCGUCUGGGGCUCCGCUCGUGGGCUAAGGCACGAGAGAGCAGGCCGGCGCCUUCCCUUUCGUUUGUUUCGUUUGCCAUUUGCAAAAGUGAACUGUUUUUCUUUUGUUAUUUACCAGUACAGAAUUGAUUUAAGGGAUGUGUGGGGAGAUAAAUAUGUAUAUAAAACAAAAUGCUAAUAUUGUUUUAAAAGUAAGUUUAAAUAAAACAGUUUAAAAAAGCCAUUGCACAAUUUAGACCCUAAACUUGUAGAUCCAUGUUUACGGUCAGCUCUUGGGUUUAUAUCUGUGAAGCAAUAAUUAUAUUCACCAUAUACUUUACUUUUUAUGCUGAGUAAAGCUUUUAGCUGUCCUGUCAACUGGAUCCUGUUAAUCCGAGUUUGUCUCCAUUUAACUACAUCUUUUUAUGGAACAGAUUUGAACAUGAAUACCUUUGAAUCCACAAAUAAAUGUUCCCAGCAACCCAGGGAUCUUUCUUGGUUAUAAGAUUUUUUUUUUCGCUUACCCACAACACUGUGAAGCUUUUGCGUGAAAUGUUUAAAGAAACCGAAUAGUGUUUGCCAAAGCACAAAAACCAGCAAUACAUCAGGGAUAUUUGAUUAUAAUGUUUUGUAAUUGCAUACUGGCACAGUAAAUCUGAACAGCUAAUGUGGAAUUGAAUGUUAAUAAAUUAGAAAUAUUGCUA